UAACCGGAAUAGUGGUAGCCGGUUUAACUGUUGUCACCAUUAGACCUCAUAUAUAUAUAGUUUCUCUCCAAGGGACUCUAGGGUUUCAAAGUAGUGUCUUCGCCAUGAAAACACUGCAGCAGCACGUCUCUGAGGAUGUUUCAACUAUAUCCCAACGCAAUACGCGACAGAAGACCUCACUUAAUAAUCUAGAAAACUCUUUGCCGAUCCCAGUUGAUCUCAUUGUCGAGAUAUUAUCUAGGUUGUCGGUGAAGUCUAUAGCAAGAUGUCGUUGCGUAUCGAAGCUCUGGACCUCCGUACUUCGCCGUCCAGAUUUCACAGAGUUGUUUUUGACAAGAUCUUUGGCUCGACCGCAGAUAUUGGUCGCCUACCAAACAAACGGAGAAUUCUUCUUCUCCUCCUGGCCUCAGCCUCGAAGUCUGGAAGUGAACUCGUCUCCGGUAAGUAUCAAUCAUCUUAAGCGCCUCCCCUUUUCUGGUCCCUGUAAAAUUCUUGGUCUUGUCCAAGGCUUGGUCUGUCUUAUAGACAGACGGUUCUUAAACGGAAGGACGAGAACGGUGCCAGUGAUAUGUAACCCUAGCACUGGAGAAUCCUUAUCUUUAUCCACAAUGAAGACGAGGAGAUGCAACGUUAUAAGCUUUUUUGGGUAUGAUCCGAUUGAGAAACAGUACAAGAUCUUGUCCAUGAGCAGGCCAAGAUAUGAAAUAUAAGAGCAAAGAUAUGAAUUACAAGACCAGCAAAAGCAGCAGGUAUGUGAGGAGCACCAAGUUCUGACUUUAAGCACUGGAAAAAUGUCAUGGAGAAUGAUCGAAUGUUGCAUACCACAUAAUCCUAGAGAAGAUCAAACUGGAAUAUGCAUCAAUGGUGGUUUGUAUUAUCAAGCUUUCGUCGGUGGGUUUUCUAAGAUAAUAUGUUUUGAUGUUAGGUCUGAAAAGAUUAAUCUUAUUAAAAAGAUAAGGGCAUGGAAUUGUGGUCGCAUGAUUUUUACACGCUGGUUAACUACAAGGGUAAAUUAGGUGCACUUACAGUAGUGUUAGAUAAUCGGCUUGAAUUGUGGGUGUUAGUAGACGCAGGGAAACAAGAAUGGUUGAAGCUUAUUUUCGUUAUGCCCAUUUUGUGGAAGACUGAAGUUGCAAAGGACCACUUAUACUCUAUUGGAGUGACUGGUACCAAUGAACUUGUUUUGUCAUCAUCAUGUAUAUCUAGCCCUUUCUAUAUUUUCUAUUACAAUUUCGAUAGGGAAACUAUCAGAAGAGUUGAAAUGGAUGAGUACGAGAAGCGUAGAGUUUUCAUCUCUCUAAACUAUGUAGAGGACGUGAAACUUAUUCAUAUGUUUAGAACAUGAGGUUUUGUAACAGAUCAUGGGCUCUCUUUGUGCAUGCAGUCCUUAUGCUAUUGGAUGACUACUUUUUUUUUCUGUU